ACCUGAGUUAUGAAACUGCAUGGCACUGAUUUUGUCGUAUAUUUUGAAAAACACUCGAGAAACAGAGGACCUUUAACGUUGUUAGGCUUAGGCAUGUAUCAAUUUCCUUCACCCGACGGCCCUUACAAUAUCGAAGCAUUUUAUCCUAAAAACUUAUAUAACCAUCAUUUAACUACAACAAAACCAUAUUUGAGGCCACAAUCAAUAGCCGAAGCAUAGAAACCAUGGCUCAUUCAAUCACCCUACCAAGCCCUCAAAGCCACCUUAAAUCCCACUUUUUUGGCCAAACCUCCCUCUCCGAUCGCCCUGGCCGAUCAUCUUUUCCACUCUCCAGGCACCAAUCAAGGUUUUCAUGUGCCAAAUUCAACCUGUCAGAACUCUUGGGGGGCAGGGGACUCUGUAAUGGAGAGGAAGGGGUAGAAAAAGAGCUAAAGAAAACCGUGCAAGAAGAAGAACCAUCAUCAUCAGCAGCAGAUGUGAAGAGUGAAGAGAAUUCAACUAGAAUGGCAACAUCAGCAGCUGAUAGUGUCCCUGAAGAUGGUUUUGAAAAGGAAAUGAUGGGAAUAACUGGGGGAUUCCCAGAAGGAGAAACUGGUCUCCAGAAAUUCAUUCAGGAAAACCCUCCACCAAAAAAUCAGUCAGGUGCAGAUUUAGGUAAGUAAACAUUAAUGCCUCUGAGAAACUGAAACCGCCUGAAUUUGCCACUGCUAAUGCCUGGAGUGAUUGCUAUUGUGAGGAACCCAAAUAAUCCAUUCUACAUGUACUGCGGCAUUGUACAAUGAAUCACUGAUGGAAAGGCGGGGAUUCUUUUCGAGGGAGGAAACUGAGAUUGACUAGUCACUUUCCGCCUUGAAGAGCUUGAGCCCAGGGAAAAGGGCCCUCCAAUGAAGAAUCCGAAAUCCUGCAUACACAAAAGCAUGAUAGAACAAGACUCAAAGUGAUCCAAUUUUCAUCUCAUGAUGUGUUUUGAGUCUUGUCAAUAUGCAUCAUCUUGUACUUUCUGACAAUCCUAGGUUUGACAUAAAUAGUUGAGAUGCAAUCUUCAAGCAAUAAAUGAUAAAAUGCGUUAAGAAAUCAAUUGAGUUGAAUGUUAUCUAUCCCAUACAGCUUUUGCAAUAUGACAAUGUGGAGGUGUCUACGGAAAGCUACAAGUAUUACACUUUAAUAAGUAUAAACCAACACCAAAAGUAAUGUUUAGCUUAUUGUCCUUCCUCCUCAAAGCUCUGUCAUAAGAGUUAGAAGCAGCCACCCAAC